CGGCCGUCUCCCUCGCGGCCGCCUCUUCCCUCGCGGCCUGCACACACACACAUGCUGCUCGCGGCUGCCCUCUCUGUCGUGCGGCCGGCUGCGGUCGCUAGCAGCCGGCAAUCUGUCUCGCGCGGCGGCCGGCCCUCGAUGGCCGCGUCGCGCCUCGAGCAGCUCGCCGCGGUGACCACCCUCUCGAUAGACACCGGAGACCUCGACGUCAUUGCCGAGUACGCAAAGACGGGCAGCAUAACCGACGCGACGACGAACCCGCUGUUUGUGAGCCAGGCGGGCCUCAGCGGCGACGAGCGGUACGUCGCGUUUGUCGACGCGGCCGUGCGCUACGCCAAGGCGAACGCCGACGGCGACGGCGCCGUGCUCGAGCUGGCGAUGGACCGGCUCGCGGUGGAGCUCGGCCUCGAGAUCGUAAAGCUGGUGCCCGGGUACGUGUCCACCGAGGUGGACAUCCGCGAGUCCUUCAACACCGCCGAGUCGCUCCGCCGCGCGCGCCGCAUCAUCGCCAUGUACGAGGCCGAGGGCGUCGACCGCUCGCGCGUGCUGGUCAAGCUGGCGGGGACGUGGGAGGGGAUCCAGGCGGCGCGCGAGCUCGAGCGGGAGGGCAUCCGGUGCAACAUCACCCUCAUCUUCGGCUUCAUCCAAGCCGUCGCUGCUGCACAGGCCGGCGCCCGCCUCAUCUCGCCCUUCCCCGGCCGCAUCAAGGACUGGCACUCUGCAAACGGAGGCGACCUUCUCCUAGGCGAGUCCACCUACGAGCCGAGCGAUGACCCCGGAGUCAAGUGCGUGCGGCGCAUCUACGCGUACUACAAGGCGCACGGGCACGACGGCACCAUCUGCAUGCCCGCGUCGUGGCGGCCCUCGCGCGGACCGUCGGACCCUGCCUUCGCCACCGACGAGAUCGUCGCUCUCGCCGGCGUGGACCGGAUGACGAUCCCGCCCCCGCUGCUGGCCAGCCUGGCGGAGAGCGAGGCGCCCCUCGCCCGCGCCCUGCAGCCGGACGUCGCCGCCGCCGCCUGCUCGGACCCGAUCGUCGGCGGAGGCGACAUGUCCGAGUCUCAGUUCCGGCUCGCGCUCAACGCCGACGUGUGCGCCACCACCAAGAUGGCCGAGGGGAUCAACGCCUUUGUCGCCGAGACGCUCAAGCUGGAGCAGGCGCUCCGCGCGAAGCUGUGAGCGGCCGGGAAGUGGCAUUGUGAGGCGUCGAUGGGUCUGUCCGGAAGCGGCGGAGGCGGGGUCAGGGCUCGCGCAGGAUAGAUAGUCGUGGGAGGCAGAGGCGCGUGGUGGCGACCCGCCGCCGCACAGCUCUCAGCGCGCGCGCCGCGCGAGGGGCCUCGGCGCGAGGCGCGCGGUCCCGCUCAUCGUCGUGUAGCGCCGAGGAGGGCCACAUCCGCGAGAGUGUAUUUGUUCUUGUCAAGUAUUUUUUCUUGUC